AUGAAGCACGGUUUCAUUCGCUCGGUUGGCAGCGUCCAGAUCAGGGGCCGGAACCGAUUUAUACUCCCUGUCAAACGCAGCUCUGAUAUUCCCAAAGAUGAUACCUGUCCUAUGCAGCUCCGCCUGGCUUACGCCGGCCACGAUGGCAUGGUUGUCAGCUGGAACACGUAUUCGCAGCUAUCUCACCCCAGCGUCCGCUAUGGAAAAGACCCUCACCACCUGGAUAAAGUGGCGCGGACCCUGGAGCCAAACACGGUCUACCACUAUCUCCCCCUCGAUAGCAAUGUGACUGGUCCUUACAGCUUCAAGACCAGCCGCCACAAGGGCGAUCACACGCCCUACUCUAUGGCUGUGGUGGUCGACCUGGGAUUAAUCGGUGCCGAUGGUCUCAGCACCACUGUGGGCAACGGUGCUGCCAACCCGCUGAAGCCGGGAGACAACAACACUCUCCAGUCCUUGAUGUCUCAAGGUGCUGAUACCGACUUCCUCUGGCACCCUGGGGACUUGGCCUAUGCCGAUUAUUGGCUGAAGGAAGAAAUCCAGGGAUAUCUUCCGAAUACCACCCUUGAGGAGGGCGCCCAGGUGUACGAAUCUCUGCUGAACCAGUAUUAUGAUGAGAUGACUCCAAUUACGGCUUUCAAGCCGUACAUGCUGGAUACGGAGACCGACCUGGGCCACGGCUAUAUUGCUCCCGACGAGCCCAACGGCACGGCCGGUGAGGACGCGGGUCCCUUCAGCCACCUGAAGAACGCCCAGACCGACUGGCUAGCCAAGGACCUGGCGGCCGUGGACCGCAAGAAGACCCCCUGGGUUGUUGUCGCUGGCCAUCGCCCCUGGUAUAUCUCCAUCGGCACCUCCGCUGCCGAUAUCUGCUACGGCUGGAGCCGCCUGACCUUCCAUAACUGCUCGCAUCUGACGCAUGAGUUUGUCGGAAGCGCCAACGGGACGGUCUUGGAUACCGCGACUUUGUUCAAGGAUCGGGACUGUGGCGGACACAAGUCACACUGA